UGCGACCUUCUGAAGACACAUCGGAAGUGUGGAAUUUGAACGAGUGACUGAAAACCAAAACUUUUAGCACUGUAUAAACCUUAAAUGUAACCUCAUGUAGUCAAGUGUUAAUUUUAACGUCUGAUAUUCACUUAAAAUACCAACAAAGUCAGACAUUUAAAACAAUCUAAGAGUCAGAUCAGCAGAAACAGAAACACGGAAAUGUUUCCUGUAACUGCGUCGCUCUGCUCGACUUUGCUGAUUGUCCGUUUCGUCGUGUUUGUCUCUGCAGACCAAAGCAUCACAGCUGAGUCUGGACAGAACGUCACUCUAACAUGUCGAGCUCCAAACAACAACUUCAUAGUUGUAGAGUGGAGCAGAGCUGAUCUUGGAGAUGAAUAUGUGCUUUUGUACAGAGAUGGCCAGUUUGUUCCAGAGGGUCAGCAUCCAUCUUUUAAGAACCGGGUGGAUCUGCAGGACAGACAGAUGAAGGAUGGAGACGUGUCUUUGAUUCUGAAGGAUGUGACGACUAAUGAUAAUGGAACAUACGAGUGUCGUGUCAAGACAGGAAAUAAUCGCAGGAAAAGAGCUAAUCUCAGUGGUGACCCCAUCAGCAGCAUCCACCUUCAUGUUGUUCCUCCAGGUCACACAGGAGGAGACACAGAGGAUGGAUCUGUUGGACUGAUUGUUGGUCUGUCAGUUUCUGCUGUGAUUCUUGUUGCUGCUGGAUUUUUGAUCUUUAUAAAAUAUAAACAACGACGGAGUCGGGAUUCAAUCCAGCAUCCUAGUGAAAUGCAGCAGCUUUGAAAUGCCUCAGAGUUACUACUGGAGUGAUCAUCAGUCUGAUUGUUGCUGCUGGGUUUUUCAUCUACAGACAUAUAAAGAACAGAAAAUUAAUUUAAACUAGCAUCCUGAUGAUCAACAAGUUUGAAAUGUCUCAGAGCUCAUCGGUCUGUCGGUUUCUGCUGUUAUUCUUGUUGGUGCUGUUGUUGGAAUUUUGAUCUACAGAAAACACGACUAAACUCAGAGUCAGGAUUCAUACUAGUCUCUUGAAGUGCAGUAGAACUGAAAUGUCUCAGAGCGUUUUACAUAAGAACGCUUAAAGAUGGCAGGCUGCAUCUUUAAGGCAGAAAAGCAAAAGUGAGCCUGACUGAAGAAAGUAAAACAAUAGAGUCCAAAUAGAAAACUAAAAGAGUUGCUUAAUUUCAAAUAGAUUCCACAGCAGAGACAAUGGUUAAAUAAGGAGCUAACAGUUCCUCAAGUAAAAGGGAAAAAAAAAACAAAAAAAAAAAACAGACAUUCAACUGAAGGAUCACAGUGAAGGACCAGGAGCAGCAAAUCUAUCAACUGAAAAUUGGAAACCACAAUUUAAAAAAAAACAAUAAUGUUCUCCUGCAUCUGUGUGUAAUUCCCAGCAAAUUAAAUUUACAUUUUGUAAUCUGCAAGGUGAGAAGUUUAGAGAAGAUACUGAAUAAAGGAAGGUGUUGAAAAAAUAUUAUCGCCUACACUUUACUGUUCGCAUUUCAUGUUCUUUACAUCUAUUAUUAUCAAUUUACUGCUAACACUGAGCAAAUAUGGCUUCUGAUCUAUUGUAAUAUUGUAAAUUAUUGUUAUUUUUAUUAGUAGUAGUAUUCUGUUUUCAUGAUGUGUGGUUUUAAGCACACACAGGUUUUCAUCAUUUGAUUGUAUGUUUGGUCUCAGGCAGCUAAAUUAGAUUGUAGAGAAAAAUUAUAUGUCAGAUUUGUGUUUGUGAGGUUAGCCGCUCUCAUGAGUUUAACAUGUUCAUAUUUUCAAACAGAAGUUAGUAAAUCCUUCACAUUUGUUCCUUUCACAAUUUGUUUGAAGCUAAAUUUUAUUUCCAUGGAUGUCAGUAAUUUACUCUGUUCAUAGUUUGCUUUCUCAUCAGUAUUCAUGAGUUCAGUGAGAGCUCAGGUGUUUCCCUCCAUUGCAAAACUCUCUUUAAAUUUAUCUUUCAGUAAAGGAGACUCUUCUGGAUGGUUGUUACUUCAGUUUAAAUGUUUCAAGAGCUGGUUACAUAUUUU